AUAGCAACUUCGUGCUGGGCAACGCUCAAGUACCCACCCUCUACCCCAUUGUCUACUGCUCGGAUGGAUUCUGCGAGCUCACCGGCUUCACCAGGGCGCAGAUUAUGCAGAAGGGAUGUGCCUGCAAAUUCCUGUACGGACCGGAAACCAAAGAGGAGCACAAAGCGCAGAUAGAUAAAGCCCUGGAGUCGAAGAAUGAGCUUAAAUUGGAAGUUAUUUUCUACAAAAAGAACGGAACCCCAUUCUGGUGUUUAUUGGACAUCGUGCCUAUCAAAAAUGAGAAACGGGAAGUGGUGCUGUACCUCGCCUCACACAAGGACAUUACCAACACGAAGAUGGCGGAGAUGUCGGAAUGCGAGUUGUAUGACAGUGCGGCCGUUCUUGGAGCUCGAUUCCGCGGUGCUGACUCUUGCCUCCUUGCAGACGCCAACGGCAACUUGGAUCCGGAGGCGCCGCCCGCCAACUACGGGCGCCGCAGGUCCAGGGCCGUCCUCUACCAGCUCUCCGGCCACUACAAGCCGGACAAGAUGAAGACCAAGCUCAAACUUAAUAAUAAUUUAUUGAGUUCGACGGCCGCCCCAUUGCCAGAGUACAAGACUGCAUCGGUCAAGAAGAGUAGGUUCAUCAUAUCACAUUACGGCAUGUUCAAAAGUGCCUGGGACUGGCUUAUACUAAUAGCUACGUUUUAUGUAGCAGUGGUUGUGCCGUAUAAUGCUAGUUUCGAAACCGAGAGACCUUCUGUGGUGUUAGAUGUGUUUGUUGAAGCGUUAUUUUUUAUAGAUAUAAUAUUAAAUUUUCGUACGACAUACGUGAACCGGAAGGGAGAGGUCGUAUCCGAGUGGAGAGCGAUCUCUAUCAACUACUUGAGAACUUGGUUCAUAGUGGACUUGCUCGCCGCAUUGCCGUUUGAUUUGCUGUAUGCUUUGUACGGGGCGCAGGGUUCCGGUACGCUGCCAAGCUCCCACACCCACCUUAUAAAACUGACAAGACUGUUAAGGCUGGCGAGGCUCCUCCAAAAAAUGGACAGAUAUUCUCAAUACAGCGCCAUGAUCCUGACCCUCCUCAUGCUGUGCUUCACCCUCGUGGCCCAUUGGUUGGCCUGCAUUUGGUACGUUAUAGCCGAGAAAGAGAUGGACACGGACUUGGGGUGGAUCCACACGUUAGCGGACAGACUACAUCUCCAGCACGUUUCCAAUGUUACCAACUUGGACGCCUACGUCACAGCGCUGUACUUCACUUGUUCCAGUUUGACAAGCGUUGGUUUCGGAAACGUCAGUGCCAACACCACCAAUGAAAAGAUCUUCAGUAUAUGCGUCAUGCUUAUAGGAGCCCUGAUGCACGCCGUGGUAUUCGGUAACGUAACGGCGAUUAUCCAGAGGAUGUAUUCGAGGAGAUCGUUGUACCACUCCAAGUGGAGAGACCUGAAGGACUUUCUAACUCUCCAUCAAAUUCCGAAGGAACUCAAGCAGAGGAUGCAGGAUUACUUCCAGACCACGUGGUCGCUCAAUCACGGCAUCGACAUCCACGAGACGUUAAAGGAGUUCCCCGAGGAACUGAGAGGCGACGUGUCAAUGCACCUACACCGUGAAAUAUUACAGUUGCCCAUUUUCGAGGCAGCGUCGCAGGGAUGCUUAAAACUGCUAUCUCUACACAUAAGGACGAACUUUUGCGCUCCCGGCGAGUACCUGAUCCACAAGGGAGACGCCUUGAGCUACGUGUACUACAUAUGUAACGGAUCAAUGGAAGUUGUGCAGAACAAUAUGGUCGUGGCCAUCUUAGGCAAGGGCGACCUGGUGGGCAGCGACAUCAACAUGCACCUCCAACUCCAGCACUCCUCGAACGGCCCGGGGUCGGAGGGCAACCGGGGCGGCGGCCAGCCGGACAUCGUGGUCAAGUCCAGCAGCGACGUGCGCGCCUUGACUUACUGCGACCUCAAGUGCAUCCACAUGCAGGGCCUGGUGGACGUGCUCAGGUUGUAUCCGGAGUACCAGCAGCAGUUCGCCAACGACAUCCAGCACGAUCUCACUUUCAACGUCAGGGAAGGCUAUGAAGCGGAGGCAGAGUCUGACGGCAACGGCAUACCGUCACUGACGCUACCCAGCAUCAGCGAGGACGACGAAAAUGCCCACGAGGAAGGAGAAACGUCACCCUUAUCGCCCAACAGAUCACCCAUUCAUGCAGUGUCGAACAGCCCCAGGCACGCUAAAUUAAACAUGAGGUUGCAGGAAUUUCAGGAGACUAUCACAAGGCGGCCUAGGAUGGGUGGGAUAGCAACCAAUCAUUUAGCUAUGCUGAGGGAACGAGUGGAAAGGCAAAGAAGCGUUGUCGUUUCCCAGCCUUCGAAGAGUAAUUCGUUGGAAGAAUUGAACUGUGAACUGAAAAAUGACGUAGAAAAUACUAGAAAUAGCGUCGAUAGGCUCGACAACCAAAUCACGACGCUGCAUCAGGAUGUAGCCACUCUCAGUAUGGAGGUCCGGAACGCGAUCCAGGCCCUCCAGGAAAUGACGACGCCGACCUCUUGCGGCGGCUCCGUCAACUAUUCGGCGCACUCGAACCCCAACAUAGCCCACCUCCGCCACAGCACCUCCGGAAACGGCAUGCUAGCCCGGAGCAGCUCCCACCCCCCGGAAAUGUUCUGCUGGGAGCAGCCCCCUUCGUCGUCAUUCCCUGUCCUGACCAGUUACGCCGAUACGGAGACCCAGACCGAAACGGCCGACUGUAUCCGCCAAUACAUAGUACAAAACCCCAGGAAGGUACUCGAGAUCUUAGGAUUAGACCCAGACAAGAUGUUGAAUAAGGUCAACAUAAAGAAAAGCCAUAGCAUUCCCGACUAUACCGGCCGAGGUAACGGCGUGGUCAACCUCACCAACAGUCCGAACUUCAACAGCUUCCUGAACUACCAAGGUGAGGACUGUUACGUAGACGUGGGUGUCGAAGACGCCGAGGAUACUAGAGGGGAAGACUGUCCGUUCCUCUGGACGGGCGACGAGAGAAGGGUGCAAAUUUUCGAGUCCAUCAACACGAGUAAACCUCAGAAUUCGUUGCUCAAGUUUAGGCGAAAACUAGAUUAG